AUUUACAUCUUAAUUGAAGUGAAAAUGGCUGGUGGGUUUGAACUUUGAAGGUCCACCCUUCAAGGAAAGGGACUAAGGGAGUCGGUAUGAACAGCGAUGCAACUGUGCAUCACAGCAUCAUGAUUCGUCUCACCAAAUUAUACAUAAAAAAUGACCUUUCAUUUUCCUCAUGCUUCUGGAGAUGAAAAAUAAUCAUUCUUAGUCAUCAUAUUCAGUAUAUAAAAAGCGCAAAGCGUGUUCAAUAAAAGGGAAGACGACUCGGGUAAAGCAGGGAGGGAGAAUGGGGAGUUACCGGGUGUGUAUGUGUUUCCGCCGGAAGUUCAGGGUAGUGGAGGCGGAGCCCCCGGAGGACGUGAAGGAGGCCUUCAAGAAGUAUGCGGAAGGGGGAACCCACAUGACGGCGGAGCAGUUGCGGCGGUUCUUGGUGGAGUCUCAGAGCGACGGCUCUGUGACUCUGUCUGAUGCUGAGCGGAUCGUGGAGCAGGUGCUGCAGAAGAGGCAUCAUAUUGCUAAGUUUACGAGGCACAAUCUUACCCUCGAUGAUUUUCACCAUUUUCUUUUUUCUACUGAUCUCAAUGCCCCCAUUGGAUCUCAGGUUCACCAAGAUAUGAAUGCUCCCCUGUCCCAUUAUUUCAUAUAUACGGGCCACAACUCAUACCUAACUGGCAACCAACUCAGCAGUGAUUGCAGCGAUGUCCCGGUCAUAAAGGCAUUGAAGAGAGGUGUAAGAGUAAUUGAGCUUGAUAUAUGGCCAGAUUCCACGAAAGCAGAUGUGCAUGUUCUCCAUGGAAGGACCCUGACAACUCCUGUGGAAUUGAUUAAAUGCUUGAGAUCCAUUAAAGAACAUGCUUUUUCGGCAUCUCCUUACCCUGUCAUCAUAACUCUUGAAGACCACCUGACUCCAGACCUUCAGGAUAAAGUAGCUCAGAUGGUCACUCAAACAUUUCAAGAUAUUCUGUUUUAUCCCAAGUCAGAAUGUCUGCAAGAAUUCCCUUCGCCUGAGGAACUGAAGUAUCGGAUUAUUAUUUCAACCAAACCUCCGAAAGAGUAUCUUGAAGCUAAAGGAUCUGAGGAUAAGGAAAAUAACAUACAGAAAGGAAAGGAUUCUGAUGAUGAUGCAUGGGGGGAGGAGCCAUCAAACGUUACAGCUGAUCAUGAGAACAAUGAUAAGAGUGAUAGCGAAGGGAGUGAAGUCAAUGAAGAUGGUGAAGAAAACAAUGACUGUCGCCCAAUUGAAGCACCUGCAUACAAGCAUCUAAUUUCCAUUCAUGCUGGAAAACCCAAGGGUGGGUUAAAGGAUGCACUAAAGGUGGAACCUAAUAAAGUUAGACGCCUUAGUUUGAGUGAACAAGCACUUGAAAAGGCUACAGCAUCUCAUGGGACAGACGUCGUGAGAUUCACCCAGAAGAAUUUUCUGAGGAUAUACCCUAAGGGUACUCGGUUUAACUCCUCAAAUUACAAGCCAUUAAUUGGUUGGACGCAUGGAGCUCAAAUGGUUGCAUUUAAUAUGCAGGGAUAUGGUAGAUAUCUUUGGUUAAUGCAUGGGAUGUUCAGAGCCAAUGGGGGUUGCGGCUAUGUGAAGAAGCCCGACUUUCUGAUGAAUGUGGGUCCAAACAAUCAAGUGUUCAAUCCUAGAGUAAAAUUGCCAGUGAAGAAAACUUUGAAGGUGAAAGUGUACAUGGGAGAUGGAUGGCAUUUGGAUUUUAAACAAACACACUUUGAUUCAUAUUCUCCGCCAGACUUCUAUGCCAGGGUUGGCAUAGCAGGAGUACCUGGCGAUGAGGUAAUGAAGAAAACUAAGACAAAAGAGGAUAAUUGGACUCCUGUUUGGAAUGAAGAAUUUCAGUUCCCAUUGACGGUUCCUGAGUUGGCUUUGCUUAGAGUUGAAGUGCAUGAGUAUGAUAUGUCCGAGAAGGAUGAUUUUGCAGGCCAAACUUGUUUGCCAAUUUCUGAACUGAAGCCAGGGAUCCGUGCAGUCCCCCUCUGUAAUCGCAAAGGAGAGAUGUUCGACUCUGCUAGGCUUCUCAUGCGCUUUGAAUUUGUCUGACCUUCUGUUUUUUUGUCAGUGUUCUCAUGUGAUUGCCAUGAAUAUAGUUUUUCUUCUUCUUUUUCUCUGUCGUAUUGUUAUUGUUUAUUACAAAUUACAACUGCUACGUGGGUUCAAAACCUUCCACAGGAACUUCUGUUCCCAUAUAUUCUCUCUUCUGAAAGUUGGAGGUUGGUGAUCCAGUCCUAAUAAUCUCAUGGUUUUUGUUCCCUUUCA